UUCAGAACUCAUCCAAGCUUGCACCAGACGAAGAUAAUGUCCUUGGCAAGUGUUGCUGCGGUGCUGCAGCGACAACGACACCCUGGCGCUUUCCAAGACAUCUCCACACAUAUCUCCAGCUUCUUGGGUCCGCCAUCGUGUUUAUCUCUCAGUCAAGCGUGUUCCUUCGGCUCCACCAAGCUCCUGGACUGGAUCUGGAACUCAAGCUGCACAUCUGUAGCUAGUCGACUGUCGACAUGGUCUGUACACAACUAUCUGCGUUCCGAUCCACACUACAAUCGCGACCAGUUUGUCGAGUCUCUCAUUGCUGCCGUGAACCGUAAGGAUUUAGCGGUAGUCCAGUGGGUAUUCUCUCACUUUUCCGGUCUUGAAGUGCCCGAAGAUGUCGCCGAUGCUGCUACCAGAGCGGGUAGCUUGCCAGUACUAAAAUUCCUACUGGCCAAUGUUGUUGGUCACGAAGGAGAGUACAUCAGGAGUAAGAUGAAGAGGAAAGUGGGGGCAAAUGAUGGCGAAAUUACGGCUGAAGAGAUGGAGUCAAGCAAAACUCGUCAUUUGGCUCACUGGGAUGUGGGCUCAAUGAUGAGGAUUGCGGUGCAGGAGGGUAACCCGGAAGUUGUGCGGUAUCUCCAUGAAAACAUGCCCGUUUAUGACACUGAACAGUUUAUCGGGUCUUCUCUGUUGGGUGAGAAUGAUGAAGUCGCCCAAAUCUUGAUGCCUAAAGGUAAGUGUUUGUUGGACUACGCCUCUACUUUCCGUAGUGUGAAGCUGGUCGAAAUGUUGCUGGAUUGUGGGUAUAUUCAGCGAGACCAAGGUCUUGCCCACUCGGCUAUCCAGAUCUUGGCCCGGUUCGGACGUUUCGAUCUCAUGCAGCAAGUGGUUCUAGUCCAUUUCCCCUUUGUAAAUCAAGGCGCUGCUGACGAACUUGGAGACCGUAGGAUCGUCGCAGAUUAUGCCGCAGCACUGAAUACUGCAGUUGUGAAUGAUCGCUACCAUGCAGUAAAGUGGAUGGUCGAGCACGUCCCGUUUUCUAAUAUCAGCCAGCAAGGUGGCAUGAUCAUUGAUACCGCCGUGAAACACGAGCGGUUCAAUAUUUUGAAGCUUUUCCACGAGUUGAGUGUUACACAGAAUGUAGAGAAUCAAGCUCAUCAGGUGGCUGCGUGGUGGUCUUUGUCUCGGGAUGCGAUGGAUUUAGCUGCUGGUACUGGUCGAGUGGAUAUGUUCAAGUGGUUGCUAUCAAGUCAUCCCUCAAAUAUAACGCAGGAGGCGAUGAACAGAGCGGCGCAUGGCGGUCAUCUGGAAAUGAUCCAGUGGCUUCACGCCAACAGAUCUGAAGGUUGCACUAAGAAGGCUAUGGACGAUGCUGCUUGGUAUGGCCAUUUCGAUGUGGUAAAGUGGCUUCAUGCCAAUAGAUCCGAGGGAUGCACUACAGAAGCUAUGGACAGAGCAGCAGGAAAUGGCCAUCUUGAGAUAGUAAAAUGGCUUCACGCUAAUAGGAGCGAGGGGUGCACCAAAACAGCGAUGGAUGAAGCUGCUCGGGAUGGCCAUUUGCAUGUGAUCAAAUGGCUACAUGCAAACAGACCGGAAGGCUGUUCUGCCGAUGCGAUCACAAAUGCCAUGGGCGAAGGUCAUCUCGCAGUUUUGAACUGGUUGCACCGUCAGUAUCCCGAACACACUCCUGGGGCCACCAGCGAAUGGAUUGGCAAGGAUAACACGUUUGAGAUAUUGUUGUUCUUACAUGGGCAUUUCCCCGAAAUGAUCACACCAAAGAUCAAAGCAGAUGUUGACGAAAUGUAUUAUAUGGACCAGGCUGCUAGUGCCUGGCUAGCUAUCAACUACCCAAACUUGUAAGAGAUUGUUGUAGCACAAGGAAGACCAGACUUUGCAAUUUCAAGUACUUACGUAUUUUUCCAAUUGAUUUCCACUUUAAAAGGUUGGGUGACGACGAAAUGGGUAGGUACUACGUGAGCAAUCUUAAACCCACC